AUGGAACAGGCAGGACGGGUAUCCGCAAGCCCCCGUUUGAAUACGCAGGGCUUGACCCGGAGCCCGAGUGUUAGUUCUACGAGGUCUCCGGCCCUUACGCCCGGCCUGUUACCCCAUCACCAGGACACGAACUCCCUGUUGGUCUGCGUGGCCGAGGAGUUCUUCAGCAAGGCACGGAAAGAUGUUUUGAAAGUGGCGGACUCCUUGGAUGCUCAACGAGUCCACGAAUACCAGAAACUCAUUGCGACGGGCUUAGGGUGCUUAGAGACGGUCUUGAGCAGUAAUAAGCUCGCCCCACGCCUCGAAGCAAAACUGCAACUCCGAUAUGCGAGUAUACUAUGCGAGGAAACGAACAAUAUCAUGGAGGCCGAAACUGCCUUGACGAAAGGCAUAACUCUUUCUGACAAGUAUCGCUUUUAUGACUUGAAGUAUUUGAUGCAGUUCCUUCAGCUGAAAAUGCUGUCUCAAAGGAAAGGCAAAGCUGCCAUGAUCACAGUCGAUAAGCAUAUCGAAAACGCCGAGCUGUUAAAGCAUACGCCCUGGGUAUAUGCUUUGAGAUUCUUCAAGGCCUCAUUGUAUCUUCAGUCGGCGAAUCCUUCAGACUUGCAUGCCAUCGAUAACUUGAAGGCCAUUAUCAACCUGGCCCUUCAGCGCGGGGAUACCGUCAUCUUUGUAGUUGCGUCUCUGCUCGAGGGCCUAAGCUUGCUGAAGAACAUGAGAGACGAUGCCUUCGUGCGAAUCCAACAUUGCAUUGCCCAGUCGCAAAAGUACCAGCUAGAUCCCUCCAUACACAUUCCGCAAAUUGACAUAUUAGCCCUCAUGCUGGAUUUUGCCUGCAGUCUUCACCAGAAGUCGCCGCAGAUGAUCGUUCAGAAGAUGAAGGCCUUGCAAAUUCGGAUGGAUGUCUCGAUAAACCAAGACUCCUGGAGUCUAUCUGACACGGAAAUAGCACUUCCGAUCAGGAAACAAUCGAGCAAUGUGCAGGUCAUAAGCGAAGAUACCCGGGCUGUCUUGAGGCCGGGCAACGAGGGUGAUGGAUGUGAUUACCUCACAAUGUCUUUCUGGAGCAAAAUAGAGGCAUUUGUCAUGACAUAUACAUACAGCGGCAUUGGCGUAUUGUAUCAAAAUCCUCGCAAUGACACAAAAAUGUUCGACAUGUGGAAUGAAGCACUUGCGCAACUAGCAAAGAGUAAGCCUACUCGCAUACAUGGCCACCCAACGUCUCUUCAAGCGGCGAUUCGAAGUGCAGAUUGGCGGAGAGAAUUAAAAUGCUAUCUUCAGAUAUUGCGAGGUCUUCAUCUGGCAACGCAUUGCCGAUGGGGUGACGUGCAGAAAUGCGUCGAAGAACUGGAGAACCUGGUUCCGAUCCCUUUAGAAGGAGUUGUUGGCCUCUUUUCGGUUUACCUGUCGGGCGUUUACCAGCAAGGCCUUGGGAAUCUGCUGAGCGCUGACUCAAUCUUCAGUAACCCGGUUCUCAGUCUGGAUAACCACGGCAAGGUUACAAGUUCUGGUUCUGAGGUGCGUAUACUAGCCGCGUUCAAUCGUAUAUGGAUCAUGCAGCAUCCCGAUCACCGGAACGACAUGUUGACGAACGAGCUGGUGGAACAAUUGCGCCUGUUGUGUCCAGACCACCCCAACCGAGAAAUGCGUCUCAUCUGGAAUCUUUUGCAAGCCGCAACGCAAACCAACCCUCCCAUUCCCGUGACAACAGCGAAGUCGCAUUUGUCACAUGUAUUACACGAGAGCAAGGCUCUUGGCGACGUUCAGACGCUGUCGAUAGCGCUGAACCUUAUACGGGCAAAGCUCUUUCAGAACAUUGUUGGAGAUCAAGCAGUCAAAAGCGCAAAAGCAGGUGCAUCGCAGGCUAGGAAAAGCGGCAACGUCUUGUGGAUCAGCGUAGCAGAUAAUUUGCUUGCGCAAUCGUACGAGGUUCAGGGACAGAUGGACGAAGCGCAAAAUUCAUUCAGCACCGCGGUGCAAUACGCGAAUGAGGCGAUCAGGCGUCGGGAAGACAUUGAUAAACAUGAGUGA